AGUGGAGUGGUUGCUAAAUCAAUAGGAGUCCUGCUUCUCCUGUUCAUGCUUUAUGCUGACGACACUGUUGUUUUUGUAAAACUCAUAACCCAGUAUCGUGGGAGACAAGGAAAAUAAUUUUUAACUUUUCUACUAACGUUUAAUUAUUAAUUAUUUUCCAAGAGGAAGCCACACUAAGAAAGUUGGUCUAGAAAAAGUCCUCAUGAAAAAUCUCAAAAGUUUUCCAUGUGGCUCUCUCAGAAUCCUUUACACACACACACACACACACCCACACACACCAUUUGUGUAUCUUUAAAUUGACUAAUAGCUUGCAAAUUAAAAUAUUUUAACUGAUUUGCCUUUUUUAAGGGAAGGAUUAAUAGAACUAAUUUCACUUUCUAAAUUGUUUACUACAAAGGUCUCCUUAUGUUCUCUUUGAGGCAUUAGAACCCUCAAUAAGUGUAGCUAUUUCAAUGCUGCAGGCAUUGUGCUGAGGACUUUCUCUAUAUUACCAUUAAAUUUUCCCAGAAAAACCCUUGAGUAAGCAUCACUGCCACCCCAUUUCACAGGUAAGGAUCUAAGACAGAGUGAGGGUAAUUAACUUGCCCUGGAUCACAUAGCCGAUUACUGACUAAGCUGGGAAUCUGCCCAGGUAAUCAGCUGUAUCUUGCUAGACUGCCCACAUUUUGCAAAAGCGGCACUUUGCUUGGAUUGUAGGACAGGGAAAUGAUGCUGUAAUUAUGUAUCUAAAUUGCAAAAGGAAUAAAAGUAAUCAUACAUAGUUUUACCUUUUAAUAUAUGAAAAGUGCACAAGGAGAGCUUUGCUCUCAACAGGCCUUACCUAGGGCUCAGUGCAACAUACAACUUUCCACAGGUGGAAGCCUGACCAAUAUUCACCACUUGCAGAUCUCCUACUCUGCUUUUAAUUUUGCACAUGAACUGGUAUCACUCUAUUCCCCUAAGGUCUUCUUUCCUCUCAAGGAAAGAAUUGCUGGGACAGUGGCUUUUGGAAGAGCCCUAGUCUGUGAGGUCUCUGCUGAGAAGCCAAUGGGUUUUGUUAGCAAAGGUCCUCAAAGGGAACCCUUCUGCUCUGAAGGGUCAGCCUGUCUGGGCCCCAUUGUCUAUGGGAUGCUGAAAGAUAUCCUGUAGUGAAAAGACCCACACAGUAUCUCUUCUCAGAAUUUAAAUUCUGAGGGGAGCUGGCUUUGGAGAGGACAGACAGACCAACAAAAUACAUAAGAAAAAAAUAAACAGUGAUAGGUGCUUCAUAGAGAAUUAAAAUAGGGUGAUGUGAUAGCAACUGGUUUGCUCCUAAAGACAAGAUCCCUGAAAGUCUUUAUGGAUCUCAGUGAUGAGGAAAGCCGAAGGGGAAAAGCAUUCCAGGUCUUGAGAACAGCAAAGGCAAAGCUGCUAAGCCUGGGAGGGCUCGGGGAUAACAUGCCAGGGUUGUGAGAACACCAGAAAGCACUGUGAGAGCCUGAGAGGGUCAGUCUUAUUGAGCUUCAUUCACCAGGAUGAGACUUUCAGAUUCAUUCUUAGAGCCAUAGCAAGCCUUUGGAGGACUUAAAAUGUAAUCAGUUCAUUCUCAGUUUUUUUUAAAUGAUCACUGUGGAAGUCUUUGGAAGUUUUGGUUGCAGUGUGAGCACAGAGGCAGGGAGACUGUAAUGGUAGUGUGGGUGGGAAGGGCUGAUGGGUUCACCUGGAGUGGCUGCAGUGGAGAUUAAGUAUAUGGCUUCAGCAUCUAUUAUGAACUAAAUGUAGGCAAUGAGGGAAAGAGUUUAAUUCUUAGAUUUUUGGCCUUAGCGAGGUUGUUUAUUGUGAUGGGAAAGACUAAGCAAGGAGAGACGAAGAUUUCACUUAGGCAUUGUCAGGUUUAGGAUGCCUAAUUAGAUAGCAAACAGAUGUAAAGAAAAGGGCAAAUACCCUGUAGGGUGACCAAGCAAUUGAUUGUGCAACUGGGGAUGCCUCUGAGAAUGAAAGGAGGGUGGAGUAGGAUUUGGGUUUUAAAUACUAAAGCUGGGACAACAGAGGAAGAUUGGGGCUAUCUUGGCAAACAGGAAUGCAUGAUAUGUGGGAAUUUGCUUCCAGGCAAAGAUUUCAGGAUUGACAUCACAUGUUUAGAAUAUUGCUAAGAAGUCAAGUGAGAUAAGAACAGAGAAGUCUCUUCUCCAAUAUCCACAAUAACAUGAGGGUCACUGCUGAUAAUAAAAACACAGGACGGCCUUAUCUUAGUGGGAUUUGGGGAUGGCAGUCAGAUGGGUGUGAACGUCUGACUGGAUAUGAAGUAGGAAAUAGAAAUGGAAACUAUAGAUACCCUUUUAAAGAUUAGGUUUUGUUGUGGGGAGGGACAUGGGUGAAAAAUACCUAGAGCUCUUAAGAGACCACUGAGUAUCAUCAAAAUUGGAAAGGAAGUCCCAGUGGAAGUUCUUAUUUUACUUUAGGCUGUAGCUGUAUCAGAUUCAAUAUUGCACACAUGGAAGAAGAAAUAAUGCUUCUUCUUAGUGAAGAGAAAGGGGCAUAUAAUUUGGGAUCAAAGUUUUAUAUUGUUUUUAUUUGAAUAAUCUGUAUUUGGUUUUGAACAUCCUAGAAAAAUCUGUGUUGUUGCCAAAGAUGAGCUUUGAUUUAUAAGAGGACCAACUGUGAAAUCCACUCUUUUGAUUCCACUUCAUUCACAUCAGGGUUCAUAUCAUUCUGGACCAGUGGGGCGAAGCCGUGUCACUCAAGCAUCAGCUUCCAUUGGCUGUAUCAGGGUUUCCAUGGUAGAAAAUGGUGCUUGCCUUGAACAAUUGGAGUAUCUGCAGGGAAUUGACCUGUUUCAUUUUUCCUUCUUACAAAAUUAAAUUCCUAGUCUUUUCUUUAAAUCUGAUUUUCAUAUACCCAGCUUUCUUCAUACUAUCUACAAAUAAUUUUUCCUUUAAUAUUAUAUAGAUGUGUUUCUUAACACUAGCAUUUAGUGAUAAACUAAAUUAUCUCGUGAGAUGUUGCUUAACAUUUGCAUAAACUUAUGUUGAGAAUCUGAAAGCAUUUAUAACUUUAUAAAGGUGACAAAAGCAUUGAAUUCUCUAGUUUUUAAAUUGCUUAGAAAGAAGUUAAUUUUUAAAACUACUAUGUAAAAUAUAUUCUCUUCAGAAAAAGGACCUGUGAAAAUGUUAAAUGGUCAUUCCUGGAAUGAUUUUGUAAGACCAGUGAAUUCCUUCUUUUACAUAUUUGCCAGAGGUUAGGAGUGCCUGGCACUUACAGACAUGAAAAACAGUAGAGUUAGUAAUAGAACAGGAUAGUUGGUUUAGCAUUUUCCAAGUAUAAAUUGCCAAAGGAACUGUACUGCUUCAUAGAGACUUCUGAAAGAAUUGAGAAAACCAAAAGCCAAGGCACCACUUCCUCCAGCUGAGACCAAAUACCUUGAUGCUUCUUCAGUUGAUGAUUCUGUAGAAUCCUCUGCUUUUAUCAUGGAACAGAAGGAAAACAUGAUAGAUAAAGACAUUGAACUCUUAGUGGUUCUACCUGGGGAUAUUAUCAAAUAUACUACUGUUCAUGGCAGUAAACCUAUGAUGGACUUGUUGAUAUUCCUCUGUGCAAAGUAUCACUUAAAUCCAUCAAGUCACACAAUUGAUCUGCUGUCAGCUGAAAAGAACCCCAUUAAAUUUAAGCCAAAUACACCAAUAGGAAUGUUGGAGGUAGAAAAAGUCAUUUUAAAGCCAAAAAUUUUGGAUAAGAAGAAACCUACACCUAUAAUACCAGAGAAAACUGUGAGAGUAGUGAUCAACUUUAAGAAAACACAGAAGACAAUAGUGAGAGUUAGUCCACAUGCGCCACUUCAAGAACUUGCCCCCAUUAUAUGCAGCAAAUGUGAGUUUGAUCCAUUGCAUACACUGUUAUUGAAGGACUAUCAGUCUCAGGAGCCUCUCGACUUGACGAAAUCUCUUAAUGACCUGGGACUAAGAGAAUUAUAUGCCAUGGAUGUCAGCAGAGCCACUUCUGUUACUGCCUUCAAUAAGUCAUCUUUACAAGAGUCCUGCCAAAUAUCACAAAACCUAGACAUUAUGAAGGAUAAAGAAAAUAAAGGGUUUUUCAGCUUUUUUCAACGCAGUAAGAAAAAGCGGGAGCAAACUGCAAGUGCUCCUGCAACUCCUCUAGUAAGUAAACAUCGUCCAACUUUUCCGAAGUAUAAUACCGUUUCCAAGCAGUAUAUUUCAAACACCCUGCCAUCCGAUGCACCCAAGAAGAGGCGUGCACCGCUGCCUCCAAUGCCGGGGUCUCAGAGCGCCCCCCAGGACCUUGCCCACAUCCAGGAGAGGCCAGCUUCCUGUGUGGUGAAAUCCACAAGCCUGGAUGAAACAGAUGAGAAUUCCUGCGGAGCAGGCAUAGUGAGGACAGGCUCUCUGCAGCUCAGUAGCAGAUCCACUGGGAAUUCAUCUUUGAAAAGGACAAAGCGAAAAGCACCUUCCCCACCCUCCAAAAUAGCCCUGCAACAAAGUGAUGAAAACAGUCACGUAACUGCCCUGCAGUCAGUACCUGCAGUUCCUCCAGACAGUGUUUUAGAAGCAAACUCUUCCGAGGGCCUGUCCAGCCCAGAAGUGUCCCUUGGCCCCGGGCUCCCUCGUCCUGAACAGGGCACUGUACCUGAGCUGCUGGCGGGAGCACCUCUCUCAGAGCGCCCUGCAACACCUGAGGCAGCCGCCGCAUCUCUGCCAUCUGGAAUAAGCUCUGAUUAUAGCCUUGAGGAGAUAGAUGAAAAGGAAGAACUGAGUGAAGUGCCUAGAGAUGAGGCUGAAAAUACUUCUCUGAAGUCACAAGAUAUUCCUAUUGGUUCUUCUGAUAUAAUAAAUACACUGAAAAAUGAUCCUGACUCAGCCCUUGGCAGUAGUACUGGAAAGUCCUCACAAAACUCCAAAGAAGAAAAACAAGAAAGUAGAAACACAGAUGGACAAGGACCACACAUUAUGGUAUAUAAUGCAAGCAACGAAGAGAGCAUAGUUGAUGGUGUAAGAAACUUGAUGUCACUGGACCCAAGCCAAGAGAAAGACCAAAAUGAAAUAAUUGUCAUUCCAACAAACACAGAAAAUAAUAUGGAAAAUGGAGUGAGAACAGAAAUCAAUGUAGGAGGUAUUGCCAAAAAUAACAAUGUGGACAUGCAAGUUGACAGACUACCAAAUUAUCAGGCAUAUAAAACUGAUACUGCUAGAAGUUACAAGGAAAAUCAUCUUGCUACUUCAUCAGCACCAGAUCAAAAAAUGAGUGAACCUAGUACAGAAAAGACAAAAAUGCAAGAUGCAGCAAUUCAGACUAUCCCUUCCUGUGAUAGUUUUGAUGGGAAUCACCAAGAUCAUAAUUUGUCUGAUGUUAAAGUUGAUGAAAGUGUGCAGACUUCAGGUAACAACAAAUCAAUUCAACACUCAUCUUUAAGUCCACAGGAUCCUAUAGAUACCUCAGGAGAAUUCAGGAGUCAGGCCCCCUUGCCAACUGUAUAUUCAGAAGAGCUACUCCCCAGAAAAGAUCCAAUUUGUGCACAUGGUAAUGAUGAUCUUCUGUCUCCUGUAGAUGGGACUGAUAAAAAUUCAACAGCUUCUUACAUAAAGAAUUCUCCACUUUACAGACAAGACUACAGUCCCAAGCCAAAACCUUCCAAUGAAAUUACAAGAGAGUACAUACCCAAAAUUGGAAUGACUACUUACAAAAUAGUGCCCCCCAGAUCCCUGGAAAUAUCAAAAGAUUGGGAAUUGGAAACCACAGGGUAUAAAAAUGAUCAGGAGAUAAAGAUUUUAGGAAAAAAGGACACUCAAGAGAAUGUGAAAGAAACUGCAAUCCAAACAGAAGAUCUUGUCAUUUCUGAAAGCCUGAAGGAGCCACGAGAAGACCUGAAACCAGAGCCUACCCUGAGAACAGAGCAUCAGGUGCAAAGGGAGGAGAGCUGUACCCGAGGCACAAUAGUGAAUCCUCUGAAACCUACUCCCAGAAUGACAAGAGACACUGGCACGGCUCCUUUUGCACCAAGUUUGGAAGAUAUAAACAAUGUUUUGGAGUCUAAACUGAAAUCUCGAGUUUCAAAUCCCCAGACCAAACCAAGUUCUUUUUUCUUGCAGAUGCAAAAAAGAGUUUCAGGUCACUAUGUGACAUCUGCAGCUGCCAAGAGUGUUCAAGCUGCCCCUAAUCCUACUCCCAAGGAAUUAAUAAAGAAAGAGGUAGAAAGUGAUACAGUACCUCCUCCAGAGCCAACUCUUUCUCCCUUAAGUAAAUCUCCUCCACAGCCCCACAUUAAAAAUACUGAUGAUGACAGCAUUAAGAAGCCCACAGAAACCUCUCCCCCUCCCUUAGCCUCUCCCCCACCAGUAGCCCCUAAACCUGUUCCUCUUCCCACAAGUCAGUCAGCAGCACUAAAUCUGAAGACUCUGAAAACUUUUGGUGCCCCUCGACCAUACUCCAGCUCUGCUCCUUCACCAUUUGCCCUCGCUGUGGUAAAACGGUCACAGUCUUUCAGCAAAGGCCGUACAGGCUUAUGCAAUGAGGAGGUCGACAGUGCAUCCUCCCCAACUCCGACUGACACACAGGAAGGGAAGAUUCCUUCUGUAAAUACAUUUGUGGACAUCCCACAACUAAGUGUGAGUCGUAAGGAGAAUAACUCUGUACAUAAUGAACAGAAUCUCCAAAUACCAUCUCCUACCGACUGCCCAUCAUUCACCCUUAAGAGACAAAGUUCUUCCACAUUCCAAAGCUCUGACCCAGAACAGAUCCGACAGAGUUUGCUGACUGCAAUCCGUUCUGGAGAGGCUGCUGCCAAAUUGAAAAGGGUUACGGUUCCGUCAAAUACAGUAUCUGUGAAUGGAAGGUCAAGACUCAGCCAUUCCAUGUCCCUUGAUGCUCAGGAUGGCCACUGAAUGUUGCCCUGCCAUACCGCACUUCACAGAACAACUUCCUACUAAUGGAGAAUGUUGGCAAAUGUAUAUUCAGAUGUAUACUAAUAUAUUAUCUAUUAAAGCAUAAGAAUUUGUGUGUGCCUUUUAAUGCCAGAAGAAGAAUUAUCAGAGUUUAUAAUUUAUAAUAAUAUUUUUGGCCUAUUUUGCCUUGAGCUGAAUAUGCUGCUUCAGAACUUAAAAACAAGGUGUUAGUGACUUUCAUUAUUUUCAAAUGAGAAAUAGUCACCUUUUGUUAAUUUCACUUAUCGACACAUUCUCUAUAAUGGUGACUUAAGACAAAAGGCUAAGAUUCAUAGACUUAUAUUUGUGUGACACGUAAAUAGCUAGGCAAACAGAUCUGACAUUUGCUGCCUCAGUGUUACAGUUUAAUUGGAAAUAUUUAAGUUAUAUUAAAGCCUGUUUGCUCUGAAAUUAGUUAUGAUAUCAAAUAAAUAUAUUCAAUUUAACAGUUAAUUUCAAUGAUGAAUCACUUAGUGUUCAAGUCUUAUCUUGUGUAUUCUUUAUGAAAGCUCAUAGUAUUUUAAUAUUUUAUUAACAUGGACACUUAGUUUUUUAAUCUUUAGAACUUAAAUUGCACAAGGAGAAUUUAAAUAUUUUUGUAUAUAAUUAUGACAUUAUUGUCACACAGAUAUUACACAUUUUAUGUGCCAGAAGCCUUAAAAAAUCUUUCUGUGAAAAUGUUGAUAUAUUGUGACAAUUAUUUCAAAUUCAGUCUGUAGACAAGAGUAGGGGUUAGUUUAUGUCCAUAUUGGAAAACUUUAAAGACUACUUGGAGGUUUCACAAAUCCUGGUUUUAAUUAAAGUGAUAAAGUCAUUACGUAGUUCAGAUGCUAAUAUUCUCAAUAAUAAUUUAUAUUUACAUUAAAAUUGUUAAGCAAAACAAUGCCAAUUUGUUGGCUGAUAACUAUUCUGGGGUCUAGAGCUUGUUGAUAUUCAUUUCUACUUUAAGAAUUUAAUUGCUCACUUACUCUAAAAGCUUUGUCAAACAAGCUGAUGUUAAGUUGGUUUUUACUAAAGCUACUGAAAUUAUCUGCCACUUUGGAAAAUGUGUUGAUUCUUUCUCCCCCAGUUUAAUAAAAGCAAGUUAUGUAUUUGGGAUACUUUCUUUAAAUGCAGUUUUGUGUUAAUCAUCAUAUUUGUGUGUACUUUAUCUGAUCAACAACACAUCUCUAUGAGCCAGUAAACAAGUAAUAGUAAGACAAGUAAUAGUGUUUCAGGGCCCAGGUAUUUAAUUCCAUGACACAUGACAAGUACACAUUAAAGGUUAAAUAUUGCUA